AUGCCACUCCAUAGGAAGAGAAGCGCGAGUUCCUUGUCCGACAGGGAGAGUAUUUGGCCUCCUGCUGAGGAUGAAAAACCCCAGGUGAUAUCUGAUGUUGAUGUCGAAUUCGCGGAUAUCGAUCCUCGAAUUAGGAGAUGCCAGGAGCGAAUCGCGAAUGGGAUCUGCACCAAAGGCAACGAGAUAAAAUUGACUGCCUUGGAAGCAGCGAAAAACUAUCGAAAGCAGCUUAUGGACCGUGAGCCGGGUCUGAAUUGGGAAACGGUCAAGCGUUUACAAACCCUGGAAAUGAUUAAACAAAGUUUGGAGGAAGAUGAUCACUACAAAGAGCUUGUGAACGUCAAGGCUAUAAUAUCUGCCUAUCGAUCGGGCAAGCUAUCAUUUGAUGGGAACGCCACCUACUGGUGUAAUGGGAAGCCCCUUGAAGGACCUAAGCCAUUUUCCUGGGAAGACUUCCGAAGAUUGAAUACAGCAGAGCACAGACAAGGAGGGGGAUUUUGGGUCGAGGGGUUGACAAAAACACUUCGGUACAAAUCGGAUCACGCUCAUACCCCACAAGAGAACCCCGAGGUUGAUCUUGUGUUUGCCGACGACACGGGAGCUCAGAUGAUGAUGAUGUACAAGGACGAUAUGGAUAACCUCAUGGGAACUACAGGAGCCACGGAUUCUCCCUGGGAUCAUAUUAUGGGGUUCGACAUGUUCAGGGGAGCGAUCGGUGAGCCUGCCAUGAAUUUACUCUUAGCAGUUGAAGUGAAUAUAUGCGCGAAAGGACUUGCCUCGAAUCUACUUCCGGGACGGACUCCGCUAAAAACUUCAUGGAUGACAGUUCCUUGCUGUAUCUCAGCGGCGCAGUCAACAUGGUUGGACGGCACCCCCAAAACAAGACUUAGUGGCCCAUGGCUGCGACAAAUGCUAUAUACUGCAACGGCCCCUGAAUUCCCAGGAUCCCCAUCCAGGAUGUAUAUUAGCACAACUAAAAGUGGUCUCUCUGGAAGAAACAUGCUGCCGGCUCACAGCAUCGCGACUGCCGUGCCUCUUCAAUUUGAACAGCCGCAGUGGGGAGUAGCCAAGGUUGCAGACCCUGGAACAGGUCGCGUAGUACCAUUCGCAAAUAAAGCUAUACCGGGACGGGUGCCACCAUGA